AAAUGUUGUAUAUAUAUAUAAGCAAUUCAAUACGGCCUUAACUCAUUUUCAUAUUUGGAAGUUGUGAUAUUCGACCUACAAAAAUAAAAACCUGAGCUCCUCACAUUUUGGAAUUUGGACUUCUCCUUGUUAAUUAAGUAAUUUGGAUCCCAUGGGAGAGGCGGAGGAUAAGAAAGAGAGUAAUGGUGGAGGAGGAGAUGGUAGUACUGAAGAGAAUAAGGAAAAGGAUGAGCCAAUUGUAAUCAAAGUUGAUAUGCAUUGUCAUUGUGAGGCUUGUGCCAAGAAGAUUUUUAGAUCCAUUCGCUCUUAUCAAGGGGUGGAAGAGGUAGCAGUGGACAGGAAGACGAACAUGGUUGUGGUGAAAGGGAAGACGGCGGAGCCUUUGAAAUUAUGCCACCGAAUUCGACACAAAACAGGCCGAAAUGCACAAUUACUGUCUCCCUUGCCUCCUAAGCCUGCCGAGGAGGAGAAACCCAAAGAGGAUGACAACAACAAGGAUAUAAAGGAUGAGCCACCACAGAAAGAUCAACCACCUCCCGUUGUAAGAGUGGUGCUAGGAGUUCAUAUGCAUUGCGAAGCCUGUGCGCAGCUUCUACGGAAGCGCAUUCGAAAGAUCAAAGGAGUAGAGUCCGUAGAAACAGAUGUAGGCAAAGGUGAAGUAAUAGUGAAGGGCGUGAUUGGAGACCCAGAAGUAUUGGUGAAGUAUGUGCACAAGAAGACAAGGAAGCAAGUGUCUAUUAUCAAGGAAGAUCAUGUUGAACAAGAUAAAAAACAAGAUGCCACGACCACGACUAGCAGCAGUGAACUAGAGAAUGAUAAGAAAGAAGAAAAAGAAAACAAGGAUGACAAUAACAAUGAUAAUACAAUUAUUGAUGAGAAUGCUAAGAUGAUGAUGAUGAUGACGGGUGAAAUCAACAGUUCCAACGAUUAUUAUUGGCCAUCAGCAAGGAUAGAUUAUCAUCAUCAUCAUCAUAAUCAUGAUAAUAAUAAUCUCAAUUAUCAGCCUCCUCAAAUGUUUAGCGAUGAGAACCCAAAUGCUUGCUCUAUUAUGUAAUUGCUUUAGUUUGAAAAUUCUGCCCGACAAAUUAUUAUCUACUUGUCUAAUUGCAUGAUUAAUAGCUAGCUUGUUUAGUACUGUGAUUAA